UGCUGGCUUCCGGUACAGGCUUAUUUUAGCCCAAAAAAUGUCUCGUCCUCUGUCAGUCAAAGUUUCCGUUUUUUUCACCGUUUUGUUGUUCGUAUACACGGAUUUUGUAUGUUGUAAUAACGGAAGAAGGGUUGGUGAUUCUUUGGAAACUGAGUUAAGUGGUUUCUCGGUGCCUCUUGAACACUCAUUUGAGCUCGACGAUGCAGGGAAGUUUCAGGUGCGAGGCUCGUUACUGUUGAAAACGGGGCGGGAGCCGAGCGUCUCGCUGAUGCAGAACCAGCUCUCUGAGGAGGACAGAGCAAAACUGAAGGAAGUGGCUGCGGUUGACGGCCUCUACAGAAUCAGGGUUCCUCGUGUUUUCCUGCAGGCAGACAGACAGACGGAGUGCCAGAUGGAAGGCCACCUCACAGCGUUUGUCAGAGCCUGUGCGAUGGUCGAGUCCCACCUGAGCGACGUGAUCACGCUCCACACCGACGUCUCUGGAUACCUGAUCGGCGUCUCCAUAGUGACGAUCCCUGGAGCCUGCAGGGGCACGGAGGUUGAAGAUGAAGUGGAUCUGGAGGUUUUCAACACCACACUCAGCAUCAUGGCGCCUGUCAACGCUCCUGGACCUGAGACGGCUCUGUUCCUUGAACGUAUGGAAAUAGAAACGGAGAAGAAAGGCAAGAAUCCACAGGAGCAGAAAUCCUUCUUCGCUAAAUAUUGGAUGUACAUCGUGCCUCUCGUUCUCUUCCUGAUGAUGUCCGGAGCUCAGGACCAAUCAGGAGGAGGCGCUGGCGGUGGAGCAGCCAAUGGAGGCGGUCGAUGAUCGGCACGCUGACAGUUUGUUCACUGAAUGACAACUUUCCCACAGUUUUUAAUUUCCUGUACAUAAGUCUAUUUAAGGAGGAAUAUUUCUCAGAUGCAUCUUUAACUCGUUAAAUAUAAAGCAGAUCUUGUGACCCGCAGACGACUGCACUUUUAUUACUAAUGUGAAAAUAAAGUAUUUGUUACUUUGUCUUUUUUUAUGCCAUUCUAGUUGUAGCAGAAGUCUGAUAACUUAAAAAGAUGUUA